AUGAAUAACAGAGAAUUGAAGAAAGAUGCAAGAAUACGAGGCUCAGGACAACGAAAUGUACAAACUUCUCAAUUGAAUAUCAAUCAAAAACCAACAACUUCUUCCGCACAAUCAACAACUGAUAGGAAAAUUAAAAAAGAUUCACGAAUACGAGGAUCGGGUUCAAGAAAUGUAAAGGCAAAUCAUUUAAAUAUCGACCCAUCCGAGAAUAAACGAUUAGUUUCUCAACUUUCAUCGGCAUUAACUAAAGAUGGUGAUUUAGAAUUAUCUCGAUCAAGUAGAAGAAAAUCAUCUAUACUACCUUAUAAAAUUAUCGAACGUCCAAAAAUAUCUCGGAAGUCAACUACAAAACGGGUUAGCUUUAAAGAGAAAUCACAACCACGACCACAACAAGAAGAAGCUAAAAUCGAAGUAGACUCCAUAUCAAAUUUACAAGAUUUCAAUGAUGAAGAAAAUCUCGAAUAUUCACAAUCAAAUAUAACUGAAGAUUCACUUAUACCAUCAUUUCAACCACAAAUUGGAAAACUGAAAAGGAAAAAACCAUCGAGUGGAAAGAAAUCAAAAAUUGCUCUGGAUAAUAAUUCCAAUCUACCGAGUGAAUCUAUUUUAAAAAAUACAAACAAACUAAAUUCAAACAUUUCCAAAGCAAAAUCGAAAAUAGAUACUCUACAAUCAAGACCAAUUAAAAGACAUACUGUAUCUAAAACUGCCCUUGCUGAUAGUCCGAGAAGUUCGAUUAUGGAAACAAGUUUAUUUGGAGAUACUGAAAGUGAAAUUUCAAUUGCUCAUGACAACACUAAAAACACACUCAAAGCAUUGAAAAAAGUACCAUCUAGAUCAAAAAAAUCAUCAAAUUCAGUUGAAUCUUCACUUAUUUCAGAGUCAAUAACAAAACAAAAAGAAUCGGUGCAGCCAUCACCAACAAUUCCAAAAGAAUCCAGUGUUGAAACAAUAUUAAGCGAAGAAUCUGAAGAUGACACUGAUGAUAAUGAAAGUGACAACGAAAUCAAGCAUGACGACAACGCCUAUGAUCCAGAUUAUGGCAGACCAAUUAUAUCGCGUAGAAAAGGAAAAGGAAAAGGAAAAGGAUUACCUAUUAUUUCAUCUCGAAGAAAAAGAGCGCUACCAUUAUUUGAUAAUAAUGCUAACCAUGGUAAUGGGAAAACUAGAAAGACGUUAACAAUUGAUUAUCCAAGCCUUGUAAAUGCAGCAAAUACUCGUGGACGAGUACAACGGGCGAGAAUGUUAGAUGUUUUACGAUAUUUGGUAUCAUCAUUUGAUCCUGAAGUUCCUGAUAAUAGAUUACAUUUACAUCAACGAUUUCAAAAACAUUUACUUUCAAGUAUUGAUAAUGUUAGAGAUGCAGCAACGUCGGUAGAAGAUGUAGCGAAAAAUAUUGCCUCAGUUCAAAAAGCGAAAAAGCAAUUAAGACAAAUGAUCUUGGAUUUAAGAAAAGAUCAUACUGAUAUAGGUAAUCAAUUAAAUGAAUUACGUCUUCAAGUAACAAACAAAAAAUUGGAAACAGAACGUUUGGAUGUAAUAUAUAAUCAAUUACGAGAAGUUAAGGCUUACACUGAGAAUCCUAAUAACAAUAUCACUACUAAAGGUAAUUUAAGUUCUACUGUUCAUAUGGAACUUGCAUCAUUACAAAAAAUUGCCAAUCAAACUUCGGGAUUACGUCCUACACUUGAACGAAUAAACAAUAAAUUAGAAACUUUGGAUAAUAGUAUAUAA